AUGGAGAGGUCCCUGUUCCCAGCCCUGCUGAUCCUGCUGCUGUCUUUGGCCCUGAGAGCUGCUGGACAGGAAGACCAGGAGGACAGGGAAGGGGAGAAGAUUAUCGGGGGGUCCCCAUGCGCGGACCGCUCCCAGCCCUCACAGGUGGCCCUGUUGAGGGGCCGUCAGCUGCACUGUGGAGGGGUGCUGCUCAACCAGCGGUGGGUGCUCACUGCCGCCCACUGCAAGUUGGACGAGUACACUGUGCACAUAGGCAGUCAAGUGCUCAAUGACAAGAGAAGCAGGAAAAUCAGGGCCACAAAGUCAAUCCGCCACCCUGGCUACUCCACGAAGACCCACGUCAACGACAUCAUGCUGCUGCGCUUGGCACAGCCGGCCGUCUUUUCUAACCUCAUCAGGCCACUGGCCUUGGAGAGGGACUGCUCCUCAGGCCAAACCAGCUGCCUGAUCUUGGGCUGGGGCAAGAUGGCAGAUGGAAAUUUCCCUGAUACCAUCCAGUGCGCACACGUCAACCUGGUGUCUCGUGCAGAGUGCGAGCGCGCCUACCCUAACCAGAUCACCCAAAACAUGGUGUGUGCUGCGGACGAGAAGUAUGGGAGAGAUUCCUGCCAGGGUGAUUCUGGGGGUCCCCUGGUGUGUGGGGACCGUCUGAGAGGCCUUGUGUCAUGGGGCAACAUUCCCUGUGGGUCAAAGAAGAAGCCAGGAGUCUACACCGAUGUCUGCAGAUAUUUCAACUGGAUCCAAAAAACCAUUAACGGCAGGAGACGCUGCCAUGAGACAUUCAAAUGUUGA